GCUCUGUCUAGGUGUAACCGUUAAUGACAGAGUCGAGAUUAGACAUCCAGAGUUGCACGGAGUGGAGGGAACUGCUGCAGGAGAGAAAUGGCGGUGUAGAGGGGAGUCUGGGGAUUAUUUAUACUCUUAAGUUGUACACAUUAUUCUUUAGGGCGCCGACAGAGGGACAGAUAAAGGAGAGAUAAAGGGGAGAUAAGGGCUGAGUGGCAGAUCCUGAUUGGAGUUGACAGGCUCCACUCUUCCAGCCCACUUUUCUCCCAAACCAGGAAAUUGAGUUUGUGCUCCGAGAAGAGAAACGCGUUCAGCCCUUGGGAGGCAGGAUAGAUGAGGAAGCUCGUUAUCCGCACUGUUUUGUUCACUUUCUCGCUUUGGGAUUCGGAGCAGCGCAGAGCAGCUGAACAAUGAGUGAGCUGAGUAUAUGUAACGCGAGGGCCACGGUGAUGGUGUAUGAUGAACCUGGGAAGCGCUGGGUGGCGGCCGGCACCGGUGCUCAGACCUUCAGUCGUGUCCAGCUCUACCACAACCCCAGCCUUAACAGCUUCAGGGUAGUGGGGAGGAAGAUGCAGCCUGACCAGCAGGUGGUGAUGAACUGUCCAAUCGUGAAAGGACUUAAAUACAAUCAGGCCACACCUAACUUCCAUCAGUGGCGAGAUGCACGACAAGUUUGGGGUCUAAACUUCGGCAGUAAGGAGGAUGCUGCACUCUUUGCCAAUGGCAUGAUUCAUGCUCUGGAAAUGCUCAAUGCUGAUGGAGGCCCCCGUCUAGUAUCAAAUGGACCAACCCAAGAGGAGCUGGAACAGCAAAGAAGAUUGGAACAACAGAGACUGGAGCAACAGGAGAGAGAAAGACAGGAAAGAGAAAGACAGGAAAGGGAGAGACAAGAAAGAGAAAGACUGGAGAGAGAGCGACAGGCUGCUUCUGUGAUGGUUCCUCCUGCACCUCCUCUUGCCCCUGGAGGCCCUCCAGCUCCCCCUGCUCCACCUCCUCCACCUGGCCCACCUCCCUCAAUUGGAGGUGGACCCCCACCACCACCAGGACCCCCACCGUGUGGUGGAGGUGCACCUCCACCACCACCCCUUCCCUCUUCCCCAGGUGGGGGAGGUGGAGGAGGUUUAGGUGGAGGCGGACUUGCUGCUGCCCUUGCAGGAGCAAAACUACGCAAAGUUGCCAAGCAGGAUGAAGGUGGUACUGCAGCUCCUUCUGCUCCAGCUCCUGCUCCAGCUAAACCUGACUUGAGCCGCAGCAGUGGGUCUGUGCCUAGUGGAGGAGGGGGAGGCCUGAUGGGAGAGAUGAGUGCCAUACUUGCACGGCGGAGGAAAGCAGCAGAUAAAGGGGAGAAAGCUCCUCCAGCCCCAAAGACAGAGGAGCCCAGUAAUGAUGAUUCUGAGUCUCAAGGCCAAAGCGACACAUUAAGGAGGCCGUGGGAGAAGUCUGCCACCAUCCCCAGGAAUAACUCUGUUACCCGAGGUCUGGAUUCACCCGCCUUCAGUGCUCUAACACCCAGGCUGAAAGCAGCUGGCUCAUCGAAUGAUGGCGAGAGUGGAGACGAGUCUGAACUGGAGAGAGUCAAACAGGAGCUGCUGGAGGAAGUGAGGAAAGAGCUGCAGAAAGUCAAGGAUGAAAUCAUUGGAGCAAUCAUUCAGGAGUUACAAAGGAGAAGCACAUAGUCCCGUUGACACCCCCCACCCCCCCACAUACACACACGCAAAUGCAAAUAUAUGCAGGGACUUAAUCCAUUCAGCUUGAUAUUGAAUUUCAUUUUGAAUCAUUCAGUCAUUAUUUUAUUUUCCCCAUUGUCCAUGUCGUUGUUAUCAUCAUCAUUAUCUUCAGUUACUGUAACAAGCUCACAAACACAUUCUCAUUCUCUCUCUCUCUCUCUCUCUCUCUCUCUCUCUCUCUCUCACACACACACACUCACUCCCUCACUCUGCAACCACACCAGAGUUGCACUCAUCUACAGACAGGAAGUGGCUGUCUCUUCAUCAUAAAACAGUCUGUGUUGUGUGAAAGUACAGCCAAAUGCAAGACUGUGCUGCUCCUAAACAGCACAGCUAAAUAUUAUGUCGUGUAAAUAGUAUGAGGCGACUGCCAUUGUUCACUAGUGAACUGUAUUAUGGAAUUAGCAAGCAAGCAGACGAGGUAGCUUCAGUGGAGGUAUUUCUUCAUUUCAGGGCUCUGUCUCAAAUCAUGAUGCAUCAUGCACUAUAUUAUUACACUAUGUAGCACCUGGACAUUUGUCAGCAAGUAACCCAAAUCAAACAGUAGUUCUUUUCACAAAACACAAAUGAUUCUCCAUCAUGUGGAAUCUCACAUUAUUAAGCUGAGCCAGAACCACCCCCACCCCCACUACCCCUCUCUACAACUGCACAUUUUUAAAAGCACCUCAGAUAAUUUCUGCUUAUUUGCAAUUGUGGUUUAAUGGCUUUCGUGUUGGCCAUUAUGAAAAUUUCAAACCAUAAAGGCCUUUGAUGCCUCUGUCCAUUCUACUGCUUAGAGCAGACUGCAGCCAUCAAGCGUGAUAAGUAUCUGUGUGCACCACUUUCGUUUCUGCUCGGUUUUAGCACACCAUCCCAGUAUUAAUAGUACACUAUGUAUCACUGAUUUUCCCAGUGCGCACUGUGGAAGUACGCAAUCUGAAAUUUGAGAAACAACAUGGAUUUGCAUAUCAUCUUGAAACACUGAUAUUUUUUUCUGUUCGCUGCCUAUUGGGAUAGAUAGAGAUAUAUAUUAGCUAGCCAUGUACUUAAUCUUGCAGGCCAGGUAUUUUACAUCCGUGUUUGAAGCAGAUGCUCGAAUGAAUGGAUUCAUGUAAGGAACUCGUGUUCUCUGAAGAGCCUGGCAGGUUCCUGGUGUUUCUAGGUAGACUUAUUUGUAUAAAGAGAAUUGAGAAUUUUUUUUCCGUUGUACAGCCAUGUAGUCUCUCAGGAUGCUGAUGUCUACACAUACAUAUUCUUUCAGCCAACACUUUUUAUCCUGAGCUGCUUAGAUUGACAUGGUGUGUACAGUGUUUGAUGGAUUACAUGUGCUCCAGACAAGAGAGGGUUGUUGACAUGUUGACUGUGUAGUCAAGCCUGAUAAUAAUCAAGCCUGAUAAUACACACCAACACUAAUAGAGUAGUGUAACCAGAUACACUGUGAUGCUAAUGAGCUGACACACACACACACACUCAGGGGGAUUUCAUUAUUCAUUAUCACAUAAAAUAAACACUAAACAAGGCAAACUUUUGUGCCUCCUGAACACAAUCACACAGUCACUAUGCAAAGCUUCAUUCAACGCCAUUACAACACUUUUCAAUUUAACCAAAUCUAAAAUACUCUAUCAGAGUUGACUCUGAUUCCAAGUGCUGUAGGAGUUGAUUCCACACAUCUUUUAGGCUGCAUGUCCUUGAUAAUGAACUUGUUUUUCGUUUGUUUGUUUAAAGCCUGAGUUGUGUACAUGACUCUUCUCAGCUCUUCUGCUUGUCUGGGUUCAAGGCAUUAGCAUUAGCAACAUUAUCACAAAUUCGAUUUAUUGUUGUUGUUUUUUUUUUCUCUAAAGCGAAAUACUGCCACAUUACUCACAUGGGUGCCACGGAAAAACACAUUUGUCCCAAGUACAUGUUCUUGCACUAUGUCCUGUGUGAAUUGGAGCGGAAUCAUUUUAAUGUGUGCAAUUGACUUGAAAUUCCUUUUUAUUCCCAAUGACUGGACUUUUGGGGAUCAUCUUCCAGCUCUUUGAAUGGAUAUAAAUAAUCAACUAGAUAUAAAUAAUGGUAUUUUCUGUUUAGACCAAAUUGCCUUUGAUACAAGUGUGUGUGUACCCAGCUUUGCAGUAAGCAUGCAGAUAUAUAUAAGUAUAUAUACACACACUGAUCUUUUGGUGGGUAGGGUUUUUGAUUAUUGAGUUUCUUUGAGAUUUUGUUUAUUUCUAUAGCAUCUCUAUAUUUGAAGCUUUUUUUUAAAACACUGAAACACACACACACACACACACACACACACUGGAGCAUUGCCUUUAUACCCAAAUACAGCUGCUGCUGCAUUAA